AUCUGGCAUCUGGCAUCUGGCACCUUUUGCGCAAUUUCACAUUCGUUUCACUUUGUUUUUCCUUUUUUUCCUUUUCUUCUGUUGUUCGUUUCGUUUCUUCUUCUCUUUCCUUCUUCAUUGUGCAAUAUAUUCUACAACCCCCGAUUGAUUUGAUUCUAUUCCCCAUCUGGCCUCAUACCCUCGUCGCAUACAAAAAUGGGCGUCGCGACAGCCUUGCUGGAGCUCCCGGCGCCGCUGUGGGAAUGGAUCAAGGCGACUCCAGUUCCCAUCUUGCUCGGCCUCUUCCUCGCCCUGAUUCUAUUCGGGCUCGUUGCCCUCUUCAUCCUCCUCCACCUCGUCGCCUCCAAGCCUCGCCCCGUCCUCUCCUCUGAAAAGACAUACAUCACCAGCAGCCCUUCCGGCAAGACGACUCCUCGCCCUCUCCCCUGCUGGUACGACCGAUGGCUCGCCGAGCGCCACCUCAGCGAGCAGCGCCCUCGCUCAGACGAAGCAAAUCCUACGCCUGACAUCGGCUCCAUUGAGCCCCCGGAGCUCCUCCUCAGCGUCGUGUUCCCCGCGUACAAUGAAGAGGAGCGUGUGAUUCCCACGCUGGAAGAGGCCGUCGAGUACCUGGACAAGCACUUUGGACGCACCACUGCUGCUACCAAGAACCCUCUCUCGCCGACAGCCAAGAAGCGGCAUGUGCAAGGCGCUGCUGGCGCUAUUGGUGCAAAAGACCAAAGCCUCAGCGGUUACGAAAUCAUCAUUGUCAACGACGGCAGCCGCGACAAGACGGUCGAUGUGGUGCUCGAUUUCGCGCAGAAGAACGGCCUGGAUGAUGUGCUGCGAGUCGUGUCCUUGGCCAAGAACCGGGGCAAGGGCGGCGGCGUCACGCAUGGCUUUCGUCAUGUCCGCGGCGAAUAUGCGCUCUUUGCCGAUGCAGACGGCGCGUCACGGUUUAGCGAUGUAGCGAAGCUGAUUGAGGGCGUCGAAGAGGUUGUUGAUGGUUCUCGCCGAGGCGUUGCUAUUGGCAGCCGAGCCCAUCUCGUUGGCAGCGAGGCGGUGGUCAAGCGCUCUGCUCUUCGAAACUUUCUCAUGCGCUCGUUCCACCUCGUGCUCACCAUCCUCACCCCCCCUGCCACGUCCCGGAUCCGCGAUACGCAGUGCGGCUUCAAGCUCUUUACGCGCGCCGCGCUGCCGCACAUUGUCCCGUACAUGCAUGCCGAGGGCUGGAUCUUCGACAUUGAGAUGCUGAUGCUCGCCGAGUCGGCGCCCGCGACGCCCGUCCUGGGCAGCGACGGCAGCGUCAUCGGGACCAGCCCCGGCAUUAAAGUCGCCGAGGUGCCCAUUGAGUGGCACGAGGUUGGCGGCAGCAAGUUGAAUGUUAUCCAGGACAGCAUCAAGAUGGCCAUUGGACUGUUUGUGUUGAGGGCGUGUUGGAUGAUGGGCGUGUAUAGGAGACGCCUUACUUGAAGCCACUAAAUCGACAAGGACGAGAGAGAGAGAGAGAUGUGGAAAAAAUGGAAAGAAUUGAAAAAGACGUCAAGUCAUAUAAAUAAAAGGCCAGCGGGUCUUUAUAGACGCCAUAUAUAUAUAUAAACCACGCCACAUAGGUGUGGAAGAGUAAAGCUGGGCUCUGAUUCCAUCAUAAGCAGGCAAGCUAGGUACUGGGCCAUUUACAAUGGAAACACGAAUAACAAGAGAUGACCUGUCUUUGUUUAUAUAAUUCUGAGUGCUAUUAACAUUACUUGGAGUCUUUGACAUCUUUUUUAACUAGCCAUAACUGCGUGAAAAUACAUGGUUUUUGUUGCUUAUUCCAAAGCCAACGCCUACCGGUACAUUAAAGAGAGAGGUUAUAAAAUCAAAACCCGCUUUCAUUGCCAAUGGGGUGAAAAUAAAACAGUAAAGAAGAAAUCAGGGUAUUGAGGACUUUCUUUCUUUUUGUAUGCAAAAAGCAAAAAGAGAUGGAGUAUAUCAAAGAAAAAAAAGACGCCCUAAACCUCUUUUUGAUUCGCUUUACUGAAAUCCUUCACGCCAGAUGACGGGCAAAAAGACAAUACACGCCUUCCACAAGAUGAGCACGGCGUCCAGUAUCGCCAGCGGCAGCUUCCAGAAGCCCAGCGGGCCGCCAAUGACGUUGCAGGCGUUCAUCCAGAUGGCCACAAAGGCGACGUAGAAGAAGUGGUACGCCAGCACCAGGGGCCGCUGGAUGAUGCCGCCGAGCAGGCCAGCCGGGCCGUCGGUCCAGCCGCGGCGGAAGUACUCGAAGCAGCCCAUCUGCAGGGCGCGCAGCUGGCGGUCGUUUGCGGCGAAGAGCGAGUACAGCGCCUGGGCGAGCGUGUUGAUGAUGCUGGUGAAGUUCUUGCGGCGCCAGUACAGCUUGUGCAUGGCGUCGCGGAUGGCCUUUGCGUCGUCGAGGUUGGGCACGCGCUCGGGGUGCAGCAGCUCGGCCAGCAGCACGGCGUCGUUGAAGGCCACGGUCAUGCCGCCGCCCGUCAGCGGGUGCCGCAUGUUGAGGGCGUCGCCGAGCACGACGAGCCCGUUGGGCGUCUGCGGCACGGCGGGCAGCCAGCUGUUGGGCAUGCUGCGCGGGAUCUUGCCGUCGGCGAGGGCCUUUUCGGCGGCUGGGCGCACCGACGCGGGCAGGGCCGGGAUGGCGUGCUUCUUGAUGUAGCCGCGCACGCCGCCGGCCUCGACCGACGCCUCGGGGAUGUUCUGCGGCACGUCAAAGAGCGCGCGCGCAUAGGUGUGUGAGGAUGUCAUUGUUUCCGACAUGGGGGGAGAAUAGAGCGGGUGGUUGCGAAUUAAUCAAACGUAGUUUUCGAUCCUAGAGAGGGGUGUGUCGAAGAGCAGUUGAGGCAAUUGGAAGCACUAAUGAAAAAGACUCUCUAUCGAAGAAGAAGAAGAAGAAGAUGAAGAAGAAGUCGUCUAUCGCUCGUCGAGGGUAUUUAUUCGUUCUUUCGUUCUUCGUGGCUCGUUAUAAAUAGUAGAAAAAAAAAGAGCAGUGACUGAACUGGCUGUCACAAGCCAAAAAAGGCGAAGAGAGUGAGAUUGAAGUAGAGAAAAGGGAAGAGAAAAAACGACGGCGCCGCAAUUGACCAAUCCGCGAGGACCAAAAUCAAGCUGAUAACCACAAUGAUGUGCCCAGUCCC